AUGAGGUUCGCUGGGCGUGGGGCCCAUCUCCGAGGAAGCUGCGCCGCGCUCUCUCUCCGUCGCCGGGCCCGGAGUCCCGGUCUCCCUGCCGCCGGGGCCAUGAACUCCACGCUGGGGAACCAGACGGAGGUGCUGGGGCUGCUGCUGGCCAACGGCACUGACUCUCUGGAGCGAGCGCUCCAGGCCUUCACGCCCAAGUCCGUGGUGACCGACGACGGCUUCGUGGUGACCGCGCCGGACGAGAGGAGCCUCUACAUCAUGCGGGUGGUGCAGAUCGCCGUCAUGUGCGUCCUGUCGCUCACCGUCGUCUUCGGCAUUUUCUUCCUCGGCUGCAACCUCCUCAUCAAGUCCGAAGGCAUGAUCAACUUCCUGGUGAAGGAACGGAGGUCGUCCAAGGAGGUGGAGGCGGUGGCCGUGGGGCCCUACUGACCCGGG